AUGUUGAACGCGUUCUUUACGCCACUAAUCGUGUUGCCACUGCUGACUCAUACUGCAGCCGCUGGAAUGGAGUCUGUCAUGGGCAUCGUCAAUAGCAAUCGCACCGUGAACCUGGACCCAAGCGUGCAGCACGUCCCGCUCGAUCCCGCCAAGGCGCACAUGCGGCCACCACCGGCGCAGAUCCGUGCGGUCUCCGACAUUUUCGUGGGCAUUUCAGUAUUUCGCGAUGGUUUCCGUUGCGGUAAGACUAUUUUUACUGGACUUAAACGUGCCAAGUACCCGGACCAUCUUUUCUUUGGUAUCGUGGACCAGAUAAAUGAUGGCGACGAGCGUUGCGUCGACGAGUACUGCAAAUUAGCAGAAGCAGAGUGGCCGGACAAAGGCGAGUGUCCAUACAGGGACCACAUUCGUGUGGACUUGCGCUCGGCUUCCGAGUCGCGAGGUCCUACACUCGCGCGUCACUACCAGCAGAAGCUCAUUGAGCGAGAGGAGUUCUGUCUGCAGAUCGAUGGUCACAGCAUCUUCACAAACCUUUGGGACGAGAACCUACUGGCUGAAUGGAAACGUGUGGACAAUGAGAUGGCCAUUCUGUCCACGUACUUACAUGACCUCCAUGACUUUAUCAAAGAAAAUGGCGACAACGCUUUUUCUUCAUCUUUGCCUCACCUGUGCUCGACCAAGCGUGGCUCUAAUGGACUAGUUCGUACUAUCGGUGCUAGCAUGAUCAGUAAUAGUAAGUUUCCACAGCUGCAAGCACUGUGGGGCGCCGGUAUGUCCUUCAACAAGUGUCAUGCCGAGCGUCGCGUGCCUGUGGACUCGCACACGCUUUGGCUGUUUGAUGGUGAGGAGUUUUUGCGCGCAGCCCGAUUGUGGACGAGUGGCUACGACAUGUACUCUCCCAGUGACUUGGGCUCUGUGGUGUUUCACAAUUACUCGAAAGUGCCUGCUCGCUUUGAGCAUAUCAAGGUAGAUCGACAACUAAGGUUGCGUGAGAAGGAGAUGGCGUUAAAUCGCUUCAACCUUCUGGUUGGCAAGCCUAUCAAGGGUCGCGUUGACACGUUCGAGCUGGACAAGUAUGGUUUCGGUUCAGUGCGCUCGUUCAAGAGUUACCUCGACUUCUGCGGUGUAACUUUCCAGGAAGGUGUGAACGAUACCGAAUCAUGCGAGCAACUUCACUGGGUACCUUACGAGAAUGAAACAGAGGUGGAGGCUUUGGUGGACAAUGGUUGGAAGCUUGGCGAAAUGAACCGAGGCGUUACUGUAGAAAGCGUUUUGCUGACAAAGGAACACGAAGUCGUCGACGAGGAUCCGAAUGCUGAGACUGCACGGCACGCGGCAGAUGCGCACGUCAGAGACGGUGCGGAUAUUGGUGAAGACGAAACGAUAGAUAAAGUGAAGACGCGGCUGCGACAGAAAGUGACGGACAAUCGCGUAGCAAAGGGUGAUCCCGCUGCAUGGGUUUGGCCUUUUCUUUUUGUCGUUACGGCAGCUCUUUUUCUGGGAUUUUUCAAGGACAGCAUAUCCCGUAGGAUCCGACUUUCACUUCGCGCCAGCGUGCCGCGUCUUCACAGUUCGAUUGAGUAA